AUGGAUCCUCUACAGUCUCUGCGGAGCGAGAUAGAGCGACAACUACAACGCCGAGAGUCAGAUGCUGGACGGCAACACCCAGCUAUAAUUAGUAUACAACAGCAGAUGAGAGAUAACGACUAUCGCAAUCAUCUUGUGGAGCUUCGUCACAUUAUCACCAUUCGUGAAACUUUCUCUUCAGGACAUUGGAAGCUUACCAACCUGCCUGACGACGACUUAAUCUGGCAGGUUCCAACAUUCCACAAUAAUGGCGUUGCAAUCAACCAGAGUGCUAUCAAAGAUCGUAUCUUGUUUCUUCGCACACGAGGAACUCAAAGUAAGAGUAUCACUUCUUCUAUAUGGGAUACAGAGAAAGUACAAGACUGGGCAUAUGGUACAGACCCUUCAGUGUUGCUCGUUAUGGGUACGUCACAGCAGCGAAAGACCCUGGAUACUUUUGGAAUCGAAGUGGUGAAUAACGUCAAAUCACCCGACGUGGUUCUUUAUCUUCUGAGUCCGUUGCCAGACGAGGUAGCUGAUCUCACAACUAAUCGGAUGGACGAUAUUCUUCGUCAGCUAGCGAUGCAAGCUUUGCAAGCUUUAUAUCCCCUGACGACACCUCUUACUCUGGGGCUACUUGUCAAAGUGCUGCAACUCGUUGCCUCCCGCGACUGGUUUCAAGCUUUAGCUGGUAUACUGGCUCUCGAGCGUCGUGUUGAAAAGGAGUUUACCAUUGUUAUUGAUACGGGGGUUCUACGCAAUAACUUCAACGACGCAGAUUUGUUGCCUAAUGUUUUCCUAAAGCUUAUUCGGGAGCUAGAAGGUAAGGUCAAGUUGAGAGUCAUGAUCAUUGUUGGGCGGAUCGCCGUUCUCGAUUUCGACCCUGCUAUUAAGGUUUUUUCAGUCGACUGUCAUCCAAAACAAUUGCCACCUCGCGCGAUCCAUACGCACAUUCGCCUUGGCGGAUCUACAACUCCUUUUGAACCCACAACUGACUCACCUGCCACUGCUCCCAAUGAGAUUACGAAUCACAGUACAGUCGCCUCUGCUUCGACUUCUGAGCGGGCUAUCCAUACUGUACACCCUAAUAACUACAGUGCUUCGGGCCGUCUUGAAGAAUCUGACAGAAAAUCAACCACCACACUUAAUAAUGAGACAAAACCUGAAGCCAAGUAUAUGGAUAGUAUAAACCUAGGCGCUUUCCAGACGUCUGCCGCUGACUCGAGCGCCAGAUCAACAGAACAAUGGUUCAAUAUGUUGGAAACAACCACACACGAGUUCAUGUAUAGACAAGACGGAUCAAACUCAAAAUCCAUUACGCCAAUCAAGAUAGCCGUUCUUGACACCGGCUUUGCUUACACAACAGCCGAAGACAAAAGGGCUCUGAAACCAUACUAUCAACGAGUCAAGAAAUUUACCAACUUCAUUGAAGGCGGUUCGGACUCCGAAGCCAAGACAGAUCCAUCUGGGCAUGGAACAGCAGUGGCUGUGCAGAUACUCAAGGUCAGCCUCACGGCAGUAUUGUAUAUCUGUCGAGUAGUACGUCCAGAAGGUAAAAGCCUGAUUCCGGAUCAAACGGCCGUGGAAAGAGCUAUCAAAAAAGCUGCUGCAAAGCCGGAUAAAGACAGCCCCGAUGGUGGUGGAUGGGGAGUUGAUAUCAUCAACAUGUCUUUUGGCUGGCCAUACAACCACGACGGCGUCCGCAAAGCCAUCGAUUUUGCACGCCAGAAUGGGGUCCAUAUGUUUGCCUCGACUUCCAACGAUGGGCUUCUCGGCCCACCGAAUGAUAUCCUAUACCCAGCACGAUCCGACAACGUGAUAGGCGUUGAUGCGGCUGAUGGGCAUGGCGAGCACGCGCGAUACGCUCCUUCUUCAUCAUCUCAACACAGCAGAGGAUCUAGAUUCAGCGCACCAGGUCUGGGAAUUCCCAGUCCCAACACCGAAAGGACAUGGUCUGGUUCGUCUUUUGCAUGCCCUAUUGCUGCGGGGGUGGCAGCCUUGAUUCUUGAAUUCGCCCGGCAGUCUCCCCUCAACAAAAGCCCGGAUAUACAGACCUACCUACAAGAGACCCCAGCGAUACUAUCAGUAUUGAGACUUGCAAGUAGUGAGAAGGGUCCUAAUGGGCUAAAGUUCCUUGUUCCGUGGAAGCUUAUUGGAAAGGCUGGUGAAGAGAGGUUGAUCACUGCUUGGUUUAUAGUUGAUGAGUUGAGAAAGGAAUAUGGUUUGGAAGUUGGGGCGGAGGUUGCUCGGUGCUUCAAGCCGUCACAAUAA